AUGACUGACGGCUUCAUAAUAUUAAGCGACGAUUCAUCAGGAGAAGAACCAAGUGCACCGCCAGCAUUUGCGACAAAAUCAACUGCAUCCCAUGAAUCAACAAGACCAAGAAAUAUAGCAGUCAAAAAAGGUGCUUCAGUUCCUCAAGCGCAACCUUCACCAACUAUAUCUUCACAGCAAAAGAAUAAAAGGGAUCUCGAAACACUUCAAUACUCUUCAAAUUUCCUAGACAACUUUAAUCCACAAAAUUCGAGAAGAGAAAAGAACAAAAGGAGGACACAGCAGCAGCAACAGACUACAAGACCUCAAGCCAAAAAGACUUACAAUUAUACAGCAAUUUAUGAUGAACAAGGCAGAUUGAAAGUCAAUAAUCAAGAUAUUUGUGACUGUUUUGAUUUUCUAUGUCCUGGAUGUCACUUCCCUUGCCAUUAUUGUGCUUCUCAGAAGUGUGGGAUGCGCUGUAGAGUCAAUAGGAAAUUUAUGUAUGAUGCUAUCGAACAUGAUGGAAAGGAUCACGUUAUAAAUAAUCCAUUUCUUGCAAAUUUAUUGAAUUAA